GGAGGAGGAGGAGGAGGAAGAGGAGGAGGAAGAGGAGGAGGAGGAGCCCGGUGAUGAAUGUGCUGAUUGUUCAGGUGAACCUCCUCAGUUCCUCCGUCGGUGUUUGGUGAGAGGAGAAAAACGGAGAGGAUGAGUGAUGUCCGUCCGCCUUCAGCCUCCUCCUCCUCCUCUGUCUCCAAGGUAACGGACCUGUCGCCCGGAUGCAGUUCCCGCGGCAGCGAGCCUCCAGCCUUCGUCCUCCCGCCUCGCAACGCCCGCGUGACCCUGGGGGGAGAUGUCCGACUGGAGGGGAAGGUGCGGGGUCAUCCUGAGCCUCAGGUCACGUGGUACAGAGAGGGGAGAGCAGUGACUGGCGGAGAGCGCCGCGUCGUGGAGCGAGGUGGGCGGGGCACGUUCAGUCUCGUGGUGGGCGGGAUCAGAGAGGACGACCUGGGACGUUACACCUGUCAGGCCACCAAUCAGGCGGGGAGUCGUCAGGUGACCGUGGAGAUCCUCCUGGAAGGGAAUUCUGGGAAGAAAUACGGCCUCCCGUCCUCCGUGAACAUGGGGUGUCGCCCCACGGUCCCGGCGGUGGGGAGCAGGGCCAGUAUUUGGGGCGAGAGUCCGCCAAAGUUCAUCACCAAACCGAGCCGAGCGUUUGCCAAGCUGGGACAGAGCGGGAGGCUGUCCGCUAAAACGACAGGACGGCCGCAGCCCCGGGUCACAUGGUACAAGGGAGGGGCGGAGCUUCAGUCUUGUGGACGGGUCAGUAUGUACGAGCGCUCCGGCCUUCACUUUCUGGAGAUAAAGGAAGUUUGUGUGGACGACGCAGGAAGUUACACGUGUUUGGUCACUAACAGCACCGGGACGGUGACCGCCACUGCCGAGCUCCACGUCCAGGGUGGUCCCGAUGACUGCCCCAGGACCGUGCCACAAGCCGGGACUACACAAACCAGGACAGUGGACAGAUCUCCCAGUGCUCCCAGUGCUCCAAACGCCCAGGCAGAGCAGUCCACACCCCGGGAGAAGCAGCAGUUUGGACAGGCAGCGUCCUGGAGGACCAGCCCCCCCGUGCAGGUCCAGUUCAUCCCGGGCGCCUUUUCAGUUCAGACCAGUUCAGUCCAGCAGUCAGCAGCUGUUUCAGACAGCAGCAGGCCUGCAAGGAUGUCGGUGUUGGGGUCCAGCCUGCGCUUCGAGGCUGUCCCUUUGGACCAGGAGGCCACUGAGGGAGGACAGGUGACGUUCACCUGCCAAGUCUCGUCUGUCGCCAGUGCCACGGUUACCUGGCUGAAGGACGGGGGGCCGCUCAGCAGGGGACCGGGUCUGCAGCAGAGACAGGACGGUAUCCGUCUGAUCCUCACAAUAGAGAGAGUGACACACUCGGACCAGGGGACCUACAGGUGUCAGCUGACCACAGCUGAUGGACUGACUGUCAACUCUGCAACAUGGACGCUCAGUGUCCAUAGUGUGUCUCGUCCCCCGGCCUUUGUCAGCGUGCUGCAGGACCGCUCCGUGUCCGAGGGCGAGACCUUCAGCCUGCGAGUCUCUGUGGAGGGGAAACCUGUUCCAUCGGUGAAGUGGCUCCUGAACGACCAUCCUCUUCCGUCCAGGGCUCAGUCCUCGUAUGUUGGGAGCGUGGCUACCUUGACCGUCCACAGCGCGUCAUGGCGCGACGAAGGCUCGUACGCGUGUGUGGCCGAGAACGGGCACGGCAGAGUGAAGAGCAGCGCACGAGUCCAGGUCAAAGGCGGAUUGCGGGGUCGCAGGUCAGAGGUUACAGAGGUCAGAGAAGUGUUUAAGGCUCCACGCUUUGUCACCCAGCUGACCGACCUGAAGGUGAUGGACGGCAGCAGAGUCACCAUGUCAGUGGAGCUGAGCGGCCACCCCCCUCCAGAGGUGAUGUGGUUCCACGAUGGGCAGAAGGUGACAGAGUCAGAGGACUUCCACCUCCUCAGGGAGGAGAACUGCUGCACCCUGUUGAUCCAGGAGGUUUUCCCCGAGGACACCGGGACCUACAGCUGCCGGGCCUGGAACCAGUAUGGAGAGGACCACACCCAGGCCCGACUUACUGUGGAGGAGCCCCAGGAUGGCAUCCAGCCAUGGUUCAUCACCAAACCCAAACCAGUGAACGCCACUGUGGGUCAACAUGUCCUUCUGUCGUGCGCCAUCGCUGGAGACCCCUUUCCCCAGUACACCUGGACCAGAGCAGACCUGGGCCAACCCCUGUUGUCCGGAGGAGACUACGAGCUGCUUCAGAAAGAGGAUGUCAUCUCGCUGCUGAUCAGGAGAGUUAAGAAGCAUCACACCGGAGACUACCUGAUCAGCCUGAGGAACCCCAUCGGAGAGUGCAUUGCUGUGGCCAGUCUGUCUGUCACUGAUGGAGAGACAGACAGGACAAGAGGACAAGAAGGACGAGCAGGAGAGGACAACAGCUCUGCAGCAGCAGGAGGAAGAGGAGGAGGAGGAGGAGCAGCUGGUGGGACUGCGGCGCUAAGAGGAGGUGCCAAAGGAGGAGGAGGAGGCGUGGAGCAGAGAGGCGGCAGCAGCAGUGUCAGUCGGCAGUGGCAGGAGGCCAACCAGGAGCAGAAGGAGAACCAGCCGCUCCUGCACCUGCACAAGGAGGAGAAGAAGAAGGAGGAGGAGGAGGGCGACCAGGACUCUCCCGCCGCUGCCGCUGCUCCCCGAGGCCUCCUCAGACACUGUGUGGAAACCAGGGAGUGCGGCGAAGAGGAGCUGCGCCAGAGGGAGGCACAGCAGCUGGACUUCCGCUCACUGCUGGGACACCGAGCUUUUCACGCCAAAGACACCCAGGGAGACGAGCCAAGGGAGGCCGGCCUCGCCACCGCCACCACCGAGCACUGCCACCAGCACCACCAGAUGGAUUUUAAGGCCAACCUCAAGGGUGUGAAACCCAAAGCAGAGGAGGAGCGCAAGGUGAACUCCCCGCAGCAGGUUGACUUCCGCAGCGUGUUGGGGAAGAAGGGCACCGUUGGCAGUAAUGGCAACAAACCGGCCGAGAAGAACGCCGCCGACUUCCGCUCUGUCCUCGCCAACAAGAAGAAGCCAGAGAGCCCCGAGAAGAACGGGGAGGGUGGCAAGACGGCGGUGAACAAUUGCGUGGAUGGAGGAAUUAACGAGAAGAAGAGCAGCGGAGGAGGAGGAGUGGCGGCGCCAGAGUUUGUGGAGAAGCUGAGCGACGUGACGGUGGUGGACGGGCAGCGGCUCCGGCUUCAGUGCCGCCUCGCUGCCGCCGCGUUGGACCCCACCGGCGUCACCGUCACCUGGACGCUGGACGGGAAAGUCGUCAAGCCGUCCAAGUUCAUCGUCCUCGCCAACGAAGGUGGCCUGUGCUCUCUGACCAUAGACAAAGCUCUGCCAGAGGAUGAAGGCCAGUAUAAAUGCAGAGCCGAGAUGUCAGCAGGCAAAGCCGAAUGCUCCUGUAUGGUUCUAGUCGAUGACCCGCCAGAAAACUCCCCAGCAGACAAGAAGUCCAGGAAGCCGACUCCGACCUCAGAGAGUGAAGCUAGGAUAAAGAAACCGACUCCCAAGACUCCACCCAAACAAGCUCUGCCUCCUCAGAUCCAGCAGUUCCCAGAGGACAUGAAGAUCCUGGCGGGGGAGAAGGUGGAGAUCCUCUGCAAGUACUCUGGAGCUCCGCCCAUCACCUGCACCUGGCUGAAGUUCAGGAAACCAAUCCAGGAGGGCUCAGCGGACAUCUCCAUCGAGAGCUCGGACAGCAGCAGUAAACUCACCAUCUCCAGCGGUCAGCAGGAACACUGCGGGUGUUACACCAUUGAGCUGAGGAACGGCUACGGCCUCCGACAGGCCGCGCUCAACCUCACCAUCGUCGAUAAACCCGACCCCCCGGCGAAGGUCCCUGCGGCCUCAGAUAUUCGGCGGUCCAGUCUGACUCUGUCGUGGUACGGGCCGACCUACGACGGAGGCAGCGCCGUUCAGUCCUACAACCUGGAGAUCUGGGACUCCAUGGAGCAGCAGUGGAAACACCUGGUGUCCUGCAACAGCACCUCCUACAACGUACAGAACCUCCUGCCGGAGCGUCAGUAUAAGUUUCGCGUCCGGGCACAGAACAUUUACGGAGUUGGGGAGCCGAGCGCCGAGUCUGAACCUGUCACCGUCGGACUGGUGGACGAUGAUGAGAACCAGGAGGAGGCUGAGGCAGAGGAGGACGACGAAGACUCUGAGAAGGAGCCGGACUACAGAGACGUGACCAUCAAAACAGACAUAAAGGUGAAGGAGCUGUACGACGUGGAGGAGAGGCUGGGAACGGGAAAGUUCGGCCAGGUCUUUAAACUGGUGGAAAAGGCCACGAAGAAGGUGUGGGCAGGAAAGUUCAUUAAGGCUUACUCAGCGAAGGAGAAGGAGAACGUCCGGCAGGAGAUCGGCAUCAUGAACAGCCUCCAUCAUCCCAAACUGGUCCAGUGUAUCGACGCCUUCGAGGGCAAGUCCGACAUCGUCAUGGUCCUCGAGAUGAUCUCCGGAGGCGAGCUGUUUGAGCGGAUCAUCGAUGAGGACUUUGAGCUGACGGAGAGGGAGGUGAUCAAAUACAUGCUGCAGAUCAUCGAUGGGGUCAGUUUCAUCCACAAACAGGGCAUCGUCCACCUCGACCUCAAACCCGAGAACAUCAUGUGUGUCAACAAGACCGGCAGCAAGAUCAAACUCAUCGACUUUGGCCUCGCCAGACGACUAGAAAAUGCAGGAACUCUGAAGGUUUUGUUUGGGACUCCAGAGUUUGUGGCUCCAGAGGUGAUCAACUACGAAGCCAUCAGUUAUCCCACCGACAUGUGGAGUAUAGGAGUCAUCUGUUAUAUACUGCUCAGCGGUCUGUCUCCAUUUAUGGGAGACAACGACAACGAGACUCUGUCCAACGUCACCUCGGCCUCCUGGGACUUUGAGGAUGAGGCCUUUGACGAAAUCUCGGACAACGCCAAAGACUUCAUCACCAAACUGCUGAAGAAAGACAUGAAGUCUCGGCUGUCCUGCGCUCAGUGUUUUGAACAUCCCUGGUUGAAGCAGGACACCAACACCAUGAAGGCCAAGAAGCUCUCCAAGGAGAGGAUGAAGAAGUACAUCCUGAGGAGGAAAUGGCAGAAAACAGGUCACGCUGUCCGAGCCAUCGGCAGACUGUCGUCCAUGGCCAUGAUGGCCGGAGUCAGCGCCAAAAAGGGCUCGCCCACCGAAGAAGAUAACCAGUUCCUGGAGUGUUUGGAGUAUGAGCAGAAGACGGAGUGUAAGCCGAGUUUCAGUGCGGUCAUCAAAGACGUGGAGGUGGUGGAGGGCAGUGCCGCCCGCUUCGACUGCAAGAUAGAAGGUUAUCCUGACCCUGAGGUGGUGUGGUACAAAGAUGACCAACCGAUCAAGGAGACCCGACACUUCCAGAUCGACUACGACGAAGACGGAAACUGCAGCCUGAUCAUUUCAGAGGUGUCGGGCGACGAUGAUGCCAAGUACACGGUGAAGGCGGUCAACAGUCUGGGGGAGGCGACCUGCACCGCUGAGCUGCUGGUGGAGGUGAUGGCUGGAGAGGAAGAGGAGGAGGAGGAGGAAGAGGAGGAGUAAAGAAGUGGCUGUCUGGACUCCCACAGGAAGAGGAGGGGGCGGCAUUGAACUCACCUGAGCUCAUCACUCCUCAGCCUGUCAGACCUGAGCAGGAAAAACUUACCGACUAAUAAGAGGUUGUGAUUGGAGGAGCAGGAGGGUGGGGUUUGACACACCAGGACUAAACUGGUUCAGAGGAAAACAGGUUUCACACUGAGUAUCAGCCGCAAACAAAUACUCACAGCUUUUACGGAGAUCUUAGUUAAUUCCCUUUAAGUGAUGGUCUAAUACAGGGGUCUUCAACGUUUUUCAGGCCAAGGACCCUGAAACUGAUGGAGAGAUGGAGCAAGGACCCCCCCCCCCCACUAAUAUGUUGAAUUCAUGUUAAAGUGUUUUUAAAGACAUUUAAAUUUGUGGGAAAAGGGGGGGGGGGGAUAAAAUAGAUUUUAAAAAAUUGUCUAAUCUACCAAAAAUUUCACGACCCCCCUGCAGUACCUCCGUGGACCCCCUAGGGGUCACGGACCCCCUGUUGAAGACCUCUGGUCUAACAUGCACCAUGCUGUGUGCUAAACUCCACCCACCUGAAACCUGGACAACUGAAACCCCGCCCCCCCUCAGACUAGCUUCUACUCAUUGAUCUAUUUCCUCUCACAGUUCUGUCUUAAAGACCUAUAAUAUAUGUGAAACUAGUCUUACUUAAUUUAAACCAUAGAUAUAAUAUCAUUUGAAGGUACCCCGUGGAGUUUUUGACCUUUGAUGGAGCAAAGCAAAUUUCUUCUCUCGUUCUGGCUAGGACAAACUUUAAUUACAGAAUACUCAAAAAAACAACAACUUUACAUGUGUUUUAUGAUGAAGAAACCGUUAAAAAUGCAAACAUAGCCAUGAUACAAACAAACCAGAAAAAAAACAAAAAAAACUCCACAGGGAACUUUAAAAUGUGAACAGCUACAGGUCUUGUUUUUUAGUGGUAAAAUCUUAUGGACAGAAAAUCCCAGUAUCAAGUUUCAACUCUGUGGAAACACAAAAACCUUUCUGAGGAAAUACAUUGAUGAAGAGUUGGCAGAGGAACCUAUGCUAGUCCUGAAGUACAAUCUGACUUGUUGCUGGGCGUAGGACUUUGUGUAACUAAACCAUGAAAAAUGUACUGUAUGUGACCCAGACCUGGUCCCUGUGGGAGUCCAGGUGAGGAAGAAGAAGGUACAAUGAAGGCAGAGAUGGACAGAGCCCUGUCUUCACAGAGUUUGGUCACAUUACAGUAAAGUGGAUUACUACCUCACCCUAACUGAUGUUAGCUUUUUAGCUAAUAAGCUUAGAGCCCAGGGCUGUGAGGAUUUAACUAAAACUUUGGGUUUUUUUUAAAGUAACUGGUUGGAAAAAAUAAAUGGAUAAUAGAAAAAGUAAUGAAAAUAAUAAUUAGAUGCCCAAAGCUAACUGGCUAACAGACCCUAGCUUAUUGACAGCAGAUAUCUGGGUUGUGAGGAGCUAGCUAACGUUAGCUUGCAAGUGAACGAACAUUAGCUCACUAGCCUCAAUGGUCUUAGCUGUGAGGAGUAAACUCAAAGUUUUGGCCAUUCCACAUUUAGUACAGAAUAUAAAACUAACUAAUAAUGGAGAGAUCAAAAAUAAUCAUUAGCUGCAGCAUUAAAGCUAACUUCAGAUAGAGUGCUAACAUUGGUUAGCUAAUAUCGGCCUAACUGAUGUUAGCUCAGUAGCCAUCAAAGAUAAGCUCCUUAGUAACUGAAGUCUUUGCUGUCGAGAUUUUCAUGCUAAUCUUAACUAAAGUGAGCUUUCUAGCUAAUACAGAUUAGCUUACAUUAGUGGUGGUCGCGAAGUGUGAGGAGUGAUUAAAUAACUUUGAACUAUCUGAACACAGUUUAGAAUAAAUAUUAUUUAAACGUUAAAUACAUAGAGGGAUUAAUCAGUAAAAAAUAAUAGUAAGAGAUUAGAUAAAGAAGAACUAACUCACGUUUGUUAGCUAAUAUCACCCUAACUAAUGUUAGCUCACCAGCUUAUAAACAUUACCUAAUUACCAGGGAAGAUUUGGGCUGUGAAGACACUUUCAGUCACUUCACUUUUGUCAGUUAACAUCACCAAAACCAACACAAAAAACAGUUAGCUUGUGAUUAUAGGUGCAGUUGAAGUAAUGUGUCAUGGUUCAGUACACAAGAACACCAUGCAGCAACAAAGUUUACUGCACCAUGCAGGAGUUUCUGGGUAAUGAAGUCCUCAAAAAUCACAGACACGUGCCACAAAAUAACUUAAUGCUGACGUGACCCAGCUCUGUCAAUGCAAGGCUCAGAAUGAGAACCAGAAUGACGAUGGUAAUGAAGAUAAAUUAGAUCGAUAACCCAUUUGUUUCUGUCUGUAACCGAGCUGCUGCCCCCUUUCCAUCUGAUGUUUUCAGCUGGGAGAUGCUGAAUCUUGGCCAGCUUAGCUUUGUCCUUCUGUUUGAGCACUUUUCUUUCUGUCUUGUUGGUGUUUUUGACUUCGACAGCAGUUUUCCCCAAAAAACAUCUUACAGCUUACAUCACCUCUGCCUUACGAUGUUAGCGUUCAAGCAACAUGGUGACACUUUAAAUGACAGUUUGGGGAUAGUUUUAAUGUUUCUACCAGAAAUUUGUCAUAUUGUGGGAUAAAGUAAGUCAUUAUUUGCCUUUGGCUGCCUUAAAAAACAGAAGUUACAGUAUUAGCAUGAAGAGUGUCCUCCCAGGUUAAUGCUUUGUUUCACUGCUGAGCUUUGAAACAUCCUGACGUGGGAGGACGUGUCCAUGAAAAUCAGGAAUUGUCUCUUCAACUCGUGAUGGGAGGUGAAAUAGAACUGUGACCACAGAAGAACACUGGAGACGUUUUCUCAUAAUUCUGACUUAACAUCUUGUUUAGCAGUUAGAAGAUCUGUGUUUCAUCAUGGCACGAUGAAGAGAUGAGAUGUGUAAUUAUGACUUACUAAAUCAUAAUUACACACUCCAUAUCACAGUUGUGAUGUGUCCCAUAGUUAUUUUAUCUUUUAAACUGACUUUUAAAAAUCUACAUUACUUUUUAAAAUCUACGUUAUUAUGACACCUCUGUCUUUAUCUUUCUUCCGUAUUUUGUAAUUACGACAUCUGUAUCUCACAUUUAGGAGAUCUUGUAAUCGUGACGUCUUUAUCUCAUGAUUAAUAGAAAGUAUCUGGAAACUAUGAGGUAAGUCAUGAUUACAAGAUUUCUCAUUUGCAAGACCUUCAUCUCAUGAUUUAAUAAUAUCUUGUAGUGAUGACAUAAGAUCCCCGCAUUAUAAACCGGUGUUAGGAAGAAUAAUUACAAAAUCUUGUAAUUCUUUUUCAAAAUGACGAGAUUAUUACCUUAAAUUACGAGAUAAAGGCAUUGUAAGAUUGUUUACGAGAUUAUAUCAAAAAUUAUGAGUUAGAUUCCUUACUAUGAAAGCCAAAUCUUCUAAUUAGCAUUUCAUAAACACAAGACACAGAUUUUAUCAUGAGACCUUUUCUCAGACGACUCAAUCUCUCAGGGUUGUGGGUUUGAGCCCCACUCUGGGUGGCACCGCCUCUCAUGAGCCCACCACCCAUGGGAGGGCGCUGCAGGACUUUUGGUGCGUUGCGGACUGGGCGGCAGUCGCCCACCGCAACCUGGGCCCAGACCGAGAUACACCGAAGAUGAUCACAUGACAUGACCUUUUCUCAGAAUUACGAGAUACUAUUUGUAAAUACAACAUGUCAGAAUUAGGAGUAAAGAUCUCCGAUCUUUUGUUUUAAACCAGUUUAGAUAAAUCCACCAAAUCACUUGAAGACCUUACUCAAAUCACCUUUGUUGUUUUCUGAGAAUUCAUUUUUAUUUAUAUUUAAAUUUUAGCAGCAGCUACAAGUGCCUAAGCCGACCCUCGGACCCCUCAGCACGUUUGGUAGAAACCAGAUGUGAUGUAAACAUGUCUCUGGCGUGUUAACAUGUUGGCGUCGAAGUCGUAUCUUUGAUCAUGUGUUUGCCACAUUCCAGCCGUUUGUUUGUGCUUUAAUCCAUUUAUUUAAAGGCUUUACAGGCUGAUUCAGUUUUCAAGCAAAAACCAAAGAAGCUUCUUGAAACGUCACCGGUGUGUUCGCGUGUGAUCCAUCUUUAACUUUACCUGGGCCUGUUUGUGUGUUUGGUGGUUGUUUAUUUGAAGAAGGUUUUAUUUUUAGACUUAUUUAAUGCACAGAUUCAUAAUUAUGAUAUUAUCAUUUGAGCAUCCGUCCUCUUGGAGAUCUUCUCGCCAGCACUUAAUUUGUCACGGUUAUUUCAGCCCCUCUGUCAGAAUACGCAGUGGACUCACUCCCAGACUGUUUUUGUAUUAGAUGUAUGUAGAUUAUAUUUCUUUUAAAAUAAUUUUUAUAAUUAUAUAUCAGUUUGAUGAAUGGCAGAUGACAUGUAUGAGAACACUACGACUGUAGUUACUCACAGAUAUCAAAUAAAUUUUUAUCA